CUCGGGCCAAGGAUUGGACCAGACAAGAGCCCAAACUAGUUUCCACAUUAACGGCGUAAGCUCUAAGUGAGAUCCACUUUGGAGGCGCACACUACUCGCGCGCGCGCGCGCACUCAUACCCACGGGCGCGCGCGCGUGCACACUCUUGGCUACAUCAGACCCAAACGAAUCUUUCCUCACUUCCUCCCAGUUCCACCGCGGCCCCUCGAAGACUCUUGGGGUGGCCCCUUGUUCACACCGCUUGGAGAGAGUGUGCUCCCAGUUAAACUGGUCUCUUCUGGUCCUGGAAAAAAAAUGAAAAUUGACAACAAGGGUCCUGGAUCUGCACAGGAAGAAAGUGCCACUUAAAAAAAAAAAGCUAGAAAAAUCUAGCCCAGCAGCUCUACGGUCUGCAAAGCCCGCUGCCCUUGGGUGUUAGCAGGAAGCCUUUGGGGCGUUGUGAUCAGCGGGCAGAGCCUGAGGUCCGCGGAAUUAAAAGGAACAAAAGCGACAGCGCCAUGCCAAAUGGCCCGGACACGACCCAGUUAGGCAAGAGCUGGGAGUGAUGGGAAAAUGAACUAGAAGUUUAAAAAAUAAUAAUGAAAAGAUCUGAGGCUGUACCGUACUUUCCCUGUGGUUUUCUGCAGUUUUCCUCUCUGCGCUCUCCCUGUCCUCUUCCUUCUCUCUUUCUCCUUCUCCCUCUCCCUCUUUCCCCGUUCUCGCGCGCGCGCACACACGCGCGCUCACGCACACAUACACGCACACACACUCCUUUUUCUCCCCUCCGCCCCCCUUCCCCGCCGUCCCCUUGGAGGAGCAGGCUCGCUGAUUUGCUCGGGUCCGCCGGGCUCCAGCCUCCCCUCCCCCUCCAGCCCCCCGCCUCCCUCGCCCCCCCAACCAGGGCCGUCCGAUCGCACUCGCUGCAUAUCAGAGGCUCGGCGCGGCGCGCUCCUCCUCGCUCCCGCUCCCCCACUCUCGGGAUGUGUCUCCGCUGUACGACGGGCUAUGGCCACCACGACUUCCGGGUUCCGUCAUUUCGUUCUCCCGCCGCCGACCCGCGCCGCCAAACUGAGGCUCUUCUAUAAGCCAGGCAGCAGCCAACCUGCCAACACCUACUGACACUCACUCAUCUCCCAGAGAGAGAAAGAGAGCGCGAGAGAGCGAGCGCGAGAGAGCGAGCGCGAGUGAGAGCGAGCGAGCGAGAAAGAGAGAGAGGGAGAGACAAAAUACCUACCAGGAAAGGGGGGGAGGAAGUCCAAUUUUUGCAAACUACUCAUUUUUUUUCUUGAUUUUUCUCCCUGCUUUCUUUGAACAAUACUUUAAAGAGAGAGGAUCAUAUUAUAGAUACCGCGGGGGCAAAUCUAAAAGAGGGGGGAGGGGGGAGGAAAAAUUUCAAGAAGCAGAAACCCCUCGCGGAGUUUUACUGGAAGAAAAAAAAAAACGGGUCUGAAAGAUUCCUCCUCUUCAUCAUCAUCAACCAUCAUUCAUUCACUACCUUGACAUUCCGGGCUUUGAUUGACAGCUGGAGUGGCAAAAAGCCAUGAAACACGACAGUUCGGUUACAUGUGGGCUGCUGACGGGCCGCUCAUAACCUUCAGUUCGGGGGCUUGACAAUUUUUUUCUUCUUUUUCUUCUUUUUCUUUUCUUUUCUUUCUUUUUUUUUUUCCAACUGAGGGGAAGAGAAGAGAAAGAGGGGGAAAGGAGGACCGAAGAGGAGGAGGAGGGGAGGGGGGAGGAGGAGGAGGUGGUGGAGGAGGAGGAGGAAGAUCGGGAGGAGGAGGAAGAAGAGAAAAAAAGAGAAAAAGAAGAAAUAUCACAGAAAAAAAAAAACUCUUCGUUGUCUUGCCUUGGCUUUUUUCCCCCCUAAAAAUAACAUAUUGGAGAAUUGGGAGAAGUCUCCUUGGUUUGGAAAAAAAAAGGAAUCUUCAACCUAGAUCACUUUCUUAUCCGGACUGGGAUAUUAAAUAUACGACACAUCCAGGAGUUUAUUGGAGCGCAGACUGAUGGCGCAAAGGUACGAUGAGCUGCCCCAUUACGGCGGGAUGGACGGAGUAGGGGUUCCCGCUUCCAUGUACGGAGACCCUCACGCGCCGCGGCCGAUCCCCCCGGUUCACCACCUGAACCACGGGCCGCCGCUCCACGCCACGCAGCACUACGGCGCUCACGCCCCACACCCCAAUGUCAUGCCGGCCAGCAUGGGAUCUGCUGUCAACGACGCCUUGAAACGGGACAAGGACGCAAUCUACGGGCACCCGUUGUUUCCUCUGUUAGCUCUGGUCUUUGAGAAGUGCGAGCUGGCGACCUGCACUCCCCGGGAACCCGGAGUGGCCGGCGGGGACGUCUGCUCCUCCGACUCCUUCAACGAGGACAUCGCGGUCUUCGCCAAGCAGGUUCGCGCCGAAAAGCCACUUUUUUCCUCAAAUCCAGAGCUGGACAAUUUGAUGAUACAAGCAAUACAAGUACUAAGGUUUCAUCUUUUGGAGUUAGAAAAGGUCCACGAACUGUGUGAUAACUUCUGCCACCGGUACAUUAGCUGUUUGAAGGGGAAAAUGCCCAUUGACCUUGUCAUUGAUGAAAGAGACGGCAGCUCCAAGUCAGAUCACGAAGAACUUUCAGGUUCCUCCACAAAUCUCGCUGACCAUAACCCUUCAUCUUGGCGAGACCACGAUGAUGCGACCUCCACCCACUCAGCAGGCACCCCAGGACCCUCCAGUGGGGGCCACGCUUCCCAGAGUGGAGACAACAGCAGUGAGCAAGAGAUUAAGCAAUCUGCUGAAUUAAAAUGGCAGAGGAAUGUACUUUUCUACCGGACUCAGUCAAUCUCCUUUGGAGAAUUCGGUGCGGCACUUAGCAGAAUAGGGGAUGGUUUAGACAACAGCGUAGCUUCACCUGGUACAGGGGAUGACGAUGAUCCGGACAAGGACAAGAAACGCCAGAAGAAAAGAGGCAUUUUUCCCAAAGUAGCAACAAAUAUCAUGAGAGCGUGGCUCUUCCAGCAUCUUACACAUCCGUACCCUUCCGAAGAGCAGAAGAAACAGUUAGCGCAAGACACAGGACUUACAAUUCUCCAAGUAAACAACUGGUUUAUUAAUGCCAGAAGAAGAAUAGUACAGCCCAUGAUUGACCAGUCAAAUCGAGCAGGUUUUCUUCUUGAUCCUUCAGUGAGCCAAGGAGCAGCGUAUAGUCCAGAGGGUCAGCCCAUGGGGAGCUUUGUGUUGGAUGGUCAGCAACACAUGGGGAUCCGGCCUGCAGGUUUGCAGAGCAUGCCAGGGGACUACGUUUCUCAGGGUGGUCCUAUGGGAAUGAGUAUGGCACAGCCAAGUUACACUCCUCCCCAGAUGACCCCACACCCUACUCAAUUAAGACAUGGACCCCCAAUGCAUUCAUAUUUGCCAAGCCAUCCCCACCACCCAGCCAUGAUGAUGCACGGAGGACCCCCUACCCACCCUGGAAUGACUAUGUCAGCACAGAGCCCCACAAUGUUAAAUUCUGUAGAUCCCAAUGUUGGUGGACAGGUUAUGGACAUUCAUGCCCAAUAGUAAAAGGGAACUCAAGGGAAAAGGAAACACACGCAAAAACUAUUUUAAGACUUUCUGAACUUUGACCAGAUGUUGACACUUAAUAUGGAAUUCCAGACAGCUGUGAUUAUUUUUUACUUUUGUCAUUUUUCAUCAAGCAACAGAGGACCAAUGCAACAAGAACACAAAUGUGAAAUCAUGGGCUCACUGAGACGAUUCUGUCCAUGUAAAGAUCCUCUGGAAAAAGACUCCGAGAGUUAUAACUACUGUAGUAUAAACAUAGGAACUAAGUUAAACUUGUACAUUUCUGUUGAUCACACCGUUAUGUUGCCUCAAAUAGUUUUAGAAGAGAAAAAAAAUAUAUCCUUGUUUUCCACACUAUGUGUGUUGUUCCCAAAAGAAUGACUGUUUUGGUUCAUCAGUGAAUUCACUAUCCAGGAGAAACUGUGGUAUAUUUUAAACCUGUUGGGCCAAUGAGAAGAACCACGCUGGAGACCAUGAUGAACGUUUGGCUGAACCCUCAUCACUCCAACUCCAGCUUCAAGAAUGUGUUUUCAUGCCCGGCCUUUGUUCCUCCAUAAACGUGUCCUUUAGUUUCAAACAGAUCUUUAUAGUUUGUGCUUCAUAAGCCUAUUCUUAUUAUUAUUUUGGGGGACUCUUCUUCAAAGAGCUUGCCAGUGAAGAUUUAAAAGACAGAGCAGGAGCUUCUUCCAGGAGUUCUGAGCCUUGGCUGUGGACAAAACAAUCUUGAGUUGGGCAGCUUUCCUCAACACAAAAAAGUUAUUAAUGGUCGUUGAACCAUAACUAGGAUUUUAUCAGAAACUCAAAGUUUGGGAGAUAAAAAGGAGCAAGAGAAUACUGUAACAAACUUCGUACAGAGUUCGGUCUAUUAAUUGUUUCAUGUUAGAUAUUCUAUGUGUUUACCUCAAUUGAAAAAAAAAGAAUGUUUUUGCUAGUAUCAGAUCUGCUGUGGAAUUGGUAUUGUAUGUCCAUGAAUUCUUCUUUUCUCAGCACGCGUUCCUCACUAGAAGAAAAUGCUGUUACCUUUAAGCUUUGUCAAAUUUACAUUAAAAUACUUGUAUGAGGACUGUGACGUUAUGUUAAAAAAAAAAAGGUGUUAAGUCACAAAAUGCGGUAAUAAAUAUUUCAUUUUUGAUUUUU